AAGUUGAAGCUGCUAACCGGAAGUGUUGUCUGCAGCGCGUUGUUGCCCCGUGAGUGGAGAGUGAGACCGGGCAUCAGGCGGCAGGAUGGCGGAUGUAACAGCCCGUAGUUUGCAGUAUGAAUACAAAGCGGUGAGUACAUAGGGAGCAUGCUGCUUGUAAUACGAAGUACUGUUAGUCACACAUAGCUAUAGAGACAGAAAGGGACCAAUUGCCCAGGUGGGAGCCUACGGCAGGCGGCUGGAUAGUAACUGGGUCUCUCACACUUUCCUGGAGCAGUGAGGGCUGAGCAUUUGGAAUUAAACGGCUCACAAUUUUCCUGCAUAAUUGGAAAUGUAACCUCUAGCAGCCGCAAUGCCAAAGUGCUUCCUCCACUAUACUAAGUGAACGAUACAAAGAGAAUCCAACGUGCAUGGGAUUUGUUUUUCUUCCUCCAUUUUGGUACCUAUAGGAAUCAUUAAGUUUGAAACAUUACUUUUCAUGUUUUCAUUACAAUCAUUUUUUUUUAUUUUUUUUUUAAACCUUGAUAAGGCACAUAGGGACAUAUUAUGUGAUAUGUGAGUUUUUAGACUUACUAUUAUAUCUUUUUUUUUUUGUCCUGCACAGAACUCUAAUCUUGUACUUCAAGCUGAUCGUUCAUUGAUAGACAGAACCCGCAGAGAUGAACCCACAGGUGAGGUGUUGUCACUUGUGGGGAAGCUGGAAGGAUCCCGGAUGGGUGAUAAAGCUCAGCGAACCAAACCUCAGAUGCAGGAAGAGAGACGUGCUAAGUAAGUGUUGCCAUCUUAAUUAUAUUAUGUUGUGUAUGUGUGUGCAAGGUUGAAAUGAUACUCUAAGCACCAAAAAGACUUUAGCUUUAAUAGGCAGUUUUAGUGUAUGCAUUGUGUGUAUGUUCAUGUGGCAAUACUGCUCAAUUCUUUAUUUAGGAGUUAAAUCACUUUUGUUUAUGUUUAUGCAGUCCUACCCACACCUCCCCUGGCUAUGACUCUUACAGCCAAAAUUAAGAAAUUGUUUAAUUUUCAAUCAGUACAGUGUGUUUACUUUAUAAGUUUCUAUCUCCUGCUUUGGUAAUUGAACUUUUAUCACACACAGGAGACACAUGCAGUCUAUUUUACAGAGCAGGAGAUAAGAACUAUUAAAGGGCAGGGAAUUUGGCAGUUAGACUGCAGGGCCAUAAUUUAUGCAUCAAAACCACUCUAUUAAGCAGUUAUUCCAAUGUCCAUGACCAAUUGAAAGAGAUAUUUUCACUUUUGUGCCAGGGCUAGUUGCACCCGUGGCACACAUGACUCUGUUUCGGUGGCCUAAUGUCAAUUCUGUGCAAAUUUGACAUCUGUGCACAGUUUGUGCUGACGACAUAUGUAAUUACCUUCUUCACUUGAAGGCAGCCAUGUGACGGUGCUUUUAAAUGAAACCCUCUCUUCUUCCCUCCCUUAAGAUUACAUCAAAGUAAGCAAGUCCUCUCUUUGUGCCAUCCACCCUCCAUUCUACUUCACUUACAAGAGCUCCCCACAUUUAAUUUGUCCACAAACACCACUUGUUUGUCAGAGCAUGCACAAAACUGAAUCUUUAAAAGAUCACUCAGACUAGCUUGCUGAAGUGCAUUUUGGAUGAGGAUUAUCCCAUUGAAAAUGCAAUUUUAUUUUUAAUUUAUGAAACACCUGCUGUCCAACAACCAGUGAUGUUUGCUCCCUGUAGCUUCUCUGAACUCAAGUAUAGUGCACUUGCAUAUCUCCUUCUCAGACCAGUGUUCUUUCUGAAUGUUGUGUAUACAGUGUAUGUGUGCACAUGCAGAGAAAAUAGCCUCAGAAGCUUCUCAAUGAGAGCCAACUGACAGGUUAUUUACCUGUGAAAAGAUUGUUAGUCUUUUCCCAGGAUAAAGAGAAGGGCUUACGUUAGUUGCUGUUAAUGAGAACUGCAGCUUUUGCAAGCUCUUUUAAGGUGCAAUAAAUACAUGCAUGUGUUCAUUGGGAGUGUACCUACUAAAUAGUGAUUGCUUUUUCUCUCAAGUUUAAAUGUGGAGUGGUCUUUUAAGAUAACGUCUCUUUUAGUCAUCAUUCCCUCACUAAUAUUACCUUUAUUUGCUUGGAGAAUGUAUGAGAAUGCAGGUUGUAAAUAAAUAAAUAAAAAAACUAGAAAAUUUGCCUAAAUGUGCUUUGAUACAAGCACAAUACACAUAAUUUUAAUGGGUCAUGCAAAAGCUGGGGAUUUUGCAAAGACUUGUAUUGUAUAACUUUCUGUAACUUUUUGAAGUAGCCGAUUAAUUUAUUCUACACUGUUAAGUGACCAUUCCUAAUGCAAUGUUGUUUCAUUUCAGGAGAAGAAAGCGAGACGAAGACAGACAUGAUAUUAAUAAAAUGAAAGGAUUCACCCUACUGUCAGAGGGGAUUGAUGAGAUGGUUGGCAUAAUUUAUAAACCAAAAACUAAGGAGACCAGAGAAACCUAUGAAGUGCUUCUUAGCUUUAUCCAAGCAGCCCUGGGCGAUCAGGUAAACUAUAUCACAGGAUUGGCUUUAAUAUGUUGGCUCCUGUAAAGUGAGUGUUGUGAGAUAUCAUUUUUAUACCUUAUUCCCUUACUUACAGAGACAGGAGAUGAUAUGAUUUAGUGUCAGGUUAUUCAAACCUUUUAAAUUUAAGUGGAUAGAGGCUGUUGUGUUCAAAUAUAUAACUGUAGCCAAAAAAAAUAUAUUUAAUAGUUGUGCUUAACUUCUCGUGCAGUCUAGCACAUUAAAAGAAUACAUCUGCUAACAUAAUUUUCAGCAUCAGGAAAUAUAGUUCACAAAUACUUACAGUGCCAGGGUCAGACUAGAGGAAAUGUGAGUACUCUGUAGUUACAGCACAGAGCUUAUUAAAAAAAUUAGAUAUUAAAAAAAAGUGUAUACUGUAUGCCAAAGUAGGUACGUUUAUAAAACAUUCCAACCUAUUUAGAUUAUGGAUGGUUUUUCUCUGAUAUGGUAUUUUGACCAGAAUUUUGGAACUCUGUAGUUAUUUCAACCCAUUGAGGAAUUAAUUCUUCUGAGGUUUACUUAAUUGUACUGAUUUUUGUUUUUUACCAGCCACGAGACAUCCUUUGUGGAGCUGCUGAUGAGGUUCUUGCUGUGUUAAAGAAUGAUAAACUAAGAGACAAGGAGAGGAGGAGGGAGGUGGAUCAGCUUUUGGGGCAGACAGACGACACUAGGUACCAUGUGCUUGUGAACUUGGGCAAAAAGAUUACAGACUACGGUGGAGAUAAGGAAAUUCAGAAUAUGGGUGGGUAUAAUACAUCAUGUGUAAAUAUUUUCAUUCUGUAGUAUGACUGUGACAGCCACUUUAACUGCUCUUUUCCUUCUGGUUGUUAUCAUGACUUCAAAAUGCAUAUUACAUCUUUUCUUAAAAAAUAAAUCUAUUCAUACUGUGCACUUUUCAGACAUCUGAACCAUAUCUCUCUUCACGUACCGCAAAGCGUGUUGUUCAGAAAUCCCUUUCCAGCUUUAUCUACAUUUAUUGUCUUAUCAAUAAUUCUCACCAACCAUUUCUAUUUAUUUCGACAACUCGUUCUUAGUGAUGUCCCGAACGGUUCGCCGCGGACUCAUCAUUGAGUAAACUUUGACCCUGUACCUCACAGUCAGCAGAAACAUUCCAGCCAAUCAGCAGCAAACCCUCCUACCUCCUGGACAGCAUCCAUUGUGAAGCUGCAUUCUUAGUGAGCUGUCCAGGAGGUGGGAUGGUCUGCUGCUGAUUGGCUGGAAUGUGUCUGCUGACUGUGAGGUACAGGGUCAAAGUUUACUCAAUGAUGAGUCCGCAGCGAACAGUUCGGGACAUCACUACUCGUCCACUUCACCUAUUUGUUGUCUUAUUUAUACUUCAAGACUCAUGUUGGUGCUGUACCUUUCUGUUACUAUUCUUUCUGACCUCUAUUAAACAAAUUCUGUAUUCAAAUGGUAAUUGUAGAUGUCAACUCUUUUUUGCAGAUGACAACAUAGAUGAGACAUAUGGAGUAAACGUGCAGUUUGAAUCGGAUGAAGAGGUGAGUUGAGAAUAGUGUACAUUGAAAAUAAAUAUAAAGCAGUGGCUCUUCUUUGUCUUGGGUUUAUUCAUGGUCUAGUUGGGAGGCUUUGUGCUUAGGCAAAUAGCAUGCUUGCUUUGGACAUUCCUUUUGUGUUACUGUAUGUGUCCUGUCAACUUCGCAUGGGCUGUAGCUGAUGGAUAUCAACUUUUUUUUAUUUUAUUUUUAUUCUAACAAUUCUAUUCUUUUCUAAUUAUUACAACUAUUUUUGAGCCAGAGAUUUAUUGCACCUAGGUAUUUUUUUUUUUUUUUUUUAAUGUUUUCAGGAACACGCUAAACAAAGUAAUUCAAUUAUAGGUUUCUGUUGUAUUUUAGUUUAAUGUGCAUCCUCUUUUUUUCUUUUUUUAAAAGAACAUUAAAGUUGCUUUAAAACUUGUGAUCCAUCAUCCAGACAUUCUUCUCACUGUAGCCCAAUUCUUUUCUAGUGAAGCUAAAAAUUCAGAUAGCUUCUGUCGUACCAGAUGGUUCCCAAAAAGAAGCACUGAGAGCACAUGCAUAGCAAUUCAGCAAUUGCUGAGAUCAUUAGUAAGAGUGGAAAUUAAAAAUAUAUAUAUUUUUUUUAGGCAGUCACGUUUUUUUGUUAUAAAUUGCAAUGGUGCAGGGAGAGCAUCUAUAUCCCAAAAUCACUUCAUGAUGGUGAAGUAAUAUUUUCGUGCAUAGAUGUCACUUUACAAUCCAGAAGUAGGAUAUUAAGUAGCGUUGGAUUCUAAUAUUUCUGAAUUCCUGUAAUAAACUAUACCCUGUGCAUAAGGAUUUUUAGGAGAUUUGAUGUUACACUGUAGAUUAAUUUAAGUGCAUUCAUUUUAUAUGCACUAUAGCUGGGUGUAUGCUGCUGGAAGAUGGUUCCACCAUAAACUUGUUUUUGAAACUGUAGGUUGGUGAUGAAGAUGUGUAUGGUGAGGUGCGAGAUGAAGCCUCAGAUGAUGACAUGGAAGGAGAUGAAGCUGUGGUGCGCGGCACAUUGUCAGCCAAUGUAAGUAAACAUUCAAUCUGUGCAUUGUUUGUACAUAUUCUUUGAUAUUUUUUUCUUCCUUUUGUGACGUGCAUUUUUGUGUUACAAUGUUAAAUGUGAAGAUCUGCUCAACUUCUUGUUAAUCUUUUAGCUUGUGACAUCUGGGGAGUUGAUGAGUUCUAAGAAGAAAGAUCUCCACCCCCGGGAUAUUGAUGCUUUCUGGUUGCAGAGGCAGCUAAGCAGAUUUUAUGAUGAUGCUAUUGUGUCUCAAAAGAAAGCAGAUGAAGUUCUGGAGAUAUUAAAGGUAUGUUCAUGUAACGAUGACUAUUACAACAUUCCAAACUGAAUUAGUAGACUUUAUCCUCUAGCUCAGGGGUUCCCAACCCAGUCCUCAAGUACCCCUAACAGUCCAGGAUUUAGGGAUUACCCAGUUGUGUCUAAAGUGUUUUGUUUCUAAAUACUUUAGAUACAACAGAGUAAUCCCAACUGGGUAAAACCACUGCUCUAAGCUGAUCGAUUGCCGUUUCCAUAAUUCUUUGGAAAUUGUAUUAACUAUAUUCCAUUAAUGCACCAUUCACAAGUUCAAAAUGCACAGACUUACUUUGAGAGCCCUAUGUAUGUUUAAGUGCAGAUAAAAAACAAACAAAAACUUUAUAUAUAUAUAUAUAUAUAUAUAUAUAUAUAUGUGUGUGUGUGUGUGUGUAUAUAUAACACCUUAUGUGGUGAACACAUUUAAUAAGAAAGGAUAGAAAUACCCUGUAAUUAUUCCAGAAAAAUAGGAGAAUCAUUACAGGGUAUUUCAAUCCUUUCUUAUUAAGUGUGUUCACCACAUAAGGUUAUACACUCGUGUGUGUGUGUAUGUAUAUGUGCGCUUGCUUUCCUCUUUGUUUGGCUUUAUGUAUUUUUGUGAAAAUUAGUGAUUGUUUUCAUGGUGGUAUUUAGCAGCAUUAAUUUAUACGUUUGAAGCGCCUCUUUUACUAUGCAUUUGUUUUUAUUACUAUUUGUGCUUGUUGGAGUAACUGCUGUAUCAUAUAAUAUAAUGCAACAUAAUAAAACGAUGUAAUUCUUCAGUGAUUUUUUUUUUUUUAUUUUUUUUUUCUCCUCUCUCUCUUUUUCAGACUGCAGGUGAUGACCGUGAAUGUGAAAACCAGUUGGUUCUGUUACUUGGUUUCAACACCUUUGAUUUCAUUAAAAUUCUUCGUCAACAUCGUAUGAUGAGUAAGUCUCCUUUUAAUCCAGACUUUGCAUAACUUGUAUUAAUAAUUGAUGUCUUGCUCCUACACUCUCAUAGACUUUAUGGUCAAUGUUGAUGAAUAUGUGAUGUACCUCUGAUGGAGGAGGAAGUAUGGAGUGAUUUAACUUCUAAAUUGCAGGCAAUUGAGCAGUGAGGUAGCAGGGGCAUAAUCUAUACACCAAAUCUACUACAUUAAGCUACAGUUGUUUUGGUGGCUAUAGUGUCCCUUUAAUGAUAUUGUGCUGUAGCAACAAACUGGUCACAUGUUCUUGAACUUAUUAGACAUAUUUGAGUUAAUACUUGUGUUUCUGUAUGUGUUUUCCAGUCCUGUACUGUACCCUUCUGGCCAGUGCGCAGAGUGAAGCUGAAAAGGAAAGGAUAAUGAGUAAAAUGGAUUCUGAUCCUGAGCUCUCAAAGUACCUGUAUCAGUUGCAAGAGACUGAAAAGGAGGAUUUGAUUAGGGUAAGUGGUGCUAUUAAGGAAGCCGUUUUAAUAUAUUAAAUGGUUGUGUCUCUCUAUAACAUAAUUUUCUCUAUUCCUAGGAGGAACGCACACGUAGGGAAAGAGUAAGACAAUCUCGCGUUGACACAGAUUUGGAGAGCAUGGAGCUUGAGCAAGGAGAGGUGUGUACAGGCGGAAUCAUCACUACAAAUGGUUUUUCUUUUAAUCUUUCACACGCUACUGGAUUAUAAAGUAUUGGCCAUCACCUGGACAGUUAAGGGGCUUAUAUGUUUUUAUGUUUCCCUCUGCUGUGUAGGGUAAUUAUUUCAAACUAGAAUUUGUCAAGUCUUUAUUUUUUUAAAUUUUUUUUAAAUUUUUAUUCUGUAUAGUUUGCUGCUCUGUCACUAGAGUUUGCCAACAGAGUUGAGCACUAUUUGUGCAAUUUUAUUUGCUAAGCUGAAAAUUGACAAAAUGGCAAAUCUGAAAAAUUGGCUAGCUUAGAUAAUUUUAAACAGUUUGAUAUUUUGUUUGAGGUUUCAGUUAAUUUUCUGUGCCUUUCUUCUUCUUUUUUUUCUGCAGUCUUUCACUCCUCGCCAAGUUCUUGACCUGGAGGAUUUGGUAUUUGCUCAGGGCAGUCAUUUUAUGGCCAACAAACGUUGCCAACUCCCUGAUGGUUCAUUCAGACGUCAGAGAAAGGGUUAUGAGGAGGUACACGUGCCUGCCCUAAAACCUAAACCUUUUGGUACAGAUGAGGUGGGUCAAAUUAAUUUAUUGUCAUGCCUGGUCUCUUAUUCUCAGAUGUUACAUGUGAAAUCUUUUUCUCUUAUUUCCAGCAACUAGUGGCAGUGGAGAAGUUGCCAAAAUAUGCCCAGGCUGGAUUUGAAGGAUUCAAAACACUGAACAGAAUCCAAAGCAAACUCCACAAAGCUGCUCUGGAAACAGAUGAAAACCUGCUGCUGUGCGCCCCCACUGUAAGUUCAGGGCAGUUAUGUGAUUUGAAUGUAUUCAUUUGUCAUUUAGCUCAGUCCUAUUAAGGCAUUUGUAUUUUUAACAGACAUGAUCUAUACUUUAUUUUGGCACAUUUAUCAAGGUUUUCAAUUUUCUACCAGACACAAAAUCAGUAAAUAUUUUCUAUAAAACUGUUAGCUUUAUAGAAUAGGGUUUUUAUAAAUUAGUCCUUUUCAUAUUUUUCGCUGUAUCUAAUGUAUUCAUCUGCCUGUUUUUCCAGGGAGCUGGUAAAACCAAUGUGGCUCUAAUGUGCAUGCUCCGGGAAAUUGGAAAACACAUCAACGUGGAUGGCACCAUCAAUGUAGACAACUUUAAAAUUAUUUACAUUGCUCCCAUGAGAUCCUUGGUACAGGAAAUGGUGGGAAACUUCAGCAAGGUAAACUAACUAGUUAUACCUUCUCAUUGCAUGGAAUAUCUGUAGUGUUUGCAUUUGUGUAUUCACUCUUUCAUGUCUUUCUAUCGUCAGAGGUUGGCUACAUAUGGUAUCAAUGUGGCCGAGUUAACUGGUGAUCACCAGUUGUGCAAAGAAGAGAUCAAUGCUACGCAGAUCAUAGUCUGCACUCCAGAGAAGUGGGAUAUCAUCACCCGUAAAGGAGGGGAGAGGACUUACACUCAGCUUGUUCGUCUCAUCAUUCUGGUGGGUUUUAUAUACAUAUAAAUGGCUAUUGCUAGUGUAGGAAAUCUCCAGGCACUACUGCAAACUGUAGUGGUUAUGGUGGCAGGUAUGCGCUGGCAUCCUCCUAGAUUACACAUUCGCACUUUGUAAACUGUUUGACAACUUUCCUGUUGUCUGCUGGGUGCCUAUCUCAGAUUUCUGUCGAACUGAGUGCUGGAUCAUUGGCUUGGAGUGAUCAGCUGGGGCUGUCAGCCAAAGAGCGGACCCUUCAUUGCUGCAGUGCAGAUAACUUCCAGCUGAGACCCCAGGUAAGUCUUCAAACAAUUUGCAAACAGGGUGACUAUUUAUCCUGGCAGGGCUCCAUGUUCUUGGAGUGUUUCUUUGAAGGACAACUGGUAUCAAAUUUUCACUUCUAUUUUUUUUUUUUUUUUCUUCAAAGUUUGGUAUUUAAUGGAACAUCCUGAUUUUUUUUUAAAGGUGUGUGUGUGUGUAUGUGUGUGUAUAUAUAUAUAUAUAUAUAUAUAUAUAUAUAUAUAUUAAAAAAUGUAUUCCAUUUUAUUUCUGAAACUAUGUCCUUAAGGGGUUAAAAGAUAACUUCCAUUAAAAAAAAUUUAUGAUGUCUUAGUACGUGCUAUCUGUAUACCUCCAUGUUACAAAACAUGUAGGUAUAACAGGCAGAAAGAUUGUCUGAACAAUGCAGAUUUAUCAAGCUGAAAAUAAUAGAGAAGGAAUAUCAAAGAAAAACCGUGGUGCAAGGAAAGGUGAGAGGGGAAUGUGCAGGGAAUCCAGAAAAGGAAGAGAAGCACAACUGAGUAAGAUUGAAAAUAAGUAGUAGAAUUCAGACCAGCAUAUCUAAUGGAAUCUGAGUAAUACAAUACUGAACAUGUUGGCUUGCACAUAUGAAUAACUACAGCUGAAGAGAGGACAUCUGAGAAAAGGAGUAGGAAACCGUGAAGAGUGAGAAAAGAAUGGUGGAAAGUAGUAGGAGUAGUAUGAUGAGAAAGAAAUCAAAAAAGAGACUGAACAGGAGGACGGGUAUAGGGACAAAGAAUGUCCGGACAUAUCAAAUGCCAACAAGUACACCAUAUAAUGUGUGUCAGGAAAGAAUGUCAAGGAAGACACAGGGUACCUCUAGGACCCUUCACAUGAACAAAAUACAGAGCUCCAUCUGCAUUAAAACUAAGGCAGAGAUAAGGUACUGAGCACAUAGUCCAGCGGGUUUCCACACCCCAGGGCAACGUGGGUGACCACAGAUGCCUCCCCUCAAAUAUCUCAGCAAGAUUUGUAAACGUAUUUCUCAAAGUCAGGGCUUGUUUAACAAUGUGACCCAAAGCCUCCAAAUAUUGAGGUAGUUUUUAGAUUUUUAGGUUUCCUCUGUAGAUUAAAUUUUUGUCCAUUCUAGCAAUCCAUUGUUGGAGGGAAUUUCGUAUUUGAGGAAUUCGAGCUAAGUAAAUGAAACAUUAGUGAGUGUACGACUUACUUGAUGGAAAGUUGUGGUGGAAGAGAAGUUGCUCUAGGGACAAAGGGUCAGAGAUACAUGUAACAGAAAAAAAAUGUUUCUAGAAGGAAAUUAUUUUCUGCCAAGUCCACCAAAUAUGCCCAUGAGUGGCUCCAUCAUUAUUGUAUCCCCAACAGAAUGUUAGUAGGGCUAUUUGGUAGCAUUGUGUUAAAAAAAUAAAUAAAUAAAAAAUCUUUCAAUCUUGGUCAGUUCAGUGUAUGUCCAAUACUUUUGGGUAGUAAUAGUUCUUUUCUAAUCUCAAUCUAAUGUUACACAGGAUGAGGUUCACUUGCUGCAUGAUGACAGAGGCCCUGUUUUGGAGUCACUAGUUGCGCGUGCCAUCAGAAAUAUUGAGAUGACCCAAGAAGAUGUGAGAUUGGUCGGUCUCAGUGCCACACUGCCUAACUAUGAGGAUGUGGCAACUUUUCUUCGUGUGGAUCCUGCCAAGGGACUGUUCUAUUUUGAUAACAGGUAUUUUCAGCCACGUGAACAAAUUUAUAGCACUAAAGUAAUGUGUAUUUUUACAUUUUCACAAGAAAUAAACCAAUUCCAAACGUAGCAAUUUUCAGAACUUUCUCGAAUAUACUGUACAUAAGUUCAUAUCUUGCCCAUUGUAAGUUCUCUUCUCCCCUCAUGUGAAAAUCAGCUUGAAUUCUUUUUUUCUUCCUAACUCUAGUUUCCGCCCAGUGCCUCUGGAACAAACAUAUGUUGGGAUCACAGAAAAAAAAGCCAUCAAACGUUUUCAGAUCAUGAAUGAGAUUGUAUAUGAGAAAAUCAUGGAACAUGCUGGAAAAAAUCAGGUUUGAAUGUUAAUGAAUAUAUUUUUUUGGAUGCAAGAGAUUGUCAUAACUAAAAUAUUUACUAUGACCAGCUGUUAUGUGCUCACUGGUGUAUAUAAUUGCCCUUGAUUAUUGCAAACUCGGGUGACAUUCUCUUAAUGUCUUUGCUAUACUGUCUAGGUGCUUGUAUUUGUUCACUCCAGGAAGGAAACUGGCAAGACAUCCCGAGCUAUCAGAGACAUGUGUCUAGAGAAAGACACAUUGGGAUUAUUCUUGCGAGAAGGUUCUGCUUCCACUGAAGUCCUGCGUACAGAGGCAGAGCAGUGCAAGGUAAGACGUUUAUCCAUAGUUACAAUCUGUAGAGUCAUUGUCUUGCAUAUGUCCCUACUUUUAUUUAACAAAACAAUUUUUUUGUGUUAGAAUUUGGAACUGAAGGAUCUUCUGCCAUACGGAUUUGCUAUUCACCAUGCUGGUAUGAGUCGCGUGGACAGAACUCUGGUGGAGGAUCUUUUUGCUGACAAACACAUUCAGGUGAGAACAGUGCUAGUUUAAUUUUUUUUUUUUAUAUAUAUAUAAAAUAGCUAUAGUUGCAAACAUUUCCAGCAGGUUAGCUUUGCAAGGCAUUGAUUGGUUAGUGUGCGAUGUUCACACUAGUUUUUUGUUUUCUUAUGGGAGCCUUUUGAUUUUUAUUUAUUUUUCCUGAUGAUUGUAAUACUGAGGUUUUCUGUAGAUGCCUUUUUAGAUAUCUUGACCUUUUUUCUGAAGUAUAUCCUUUCAUGCAAUAGUCUUGUUCUCUCCAAUUAUAGAGCAUUGAUGAGUAGUGAUGUCCCGAACUGUUUGCCACGGUUCGUGUGGACUCGAGUCAGCUGACACAUUCCAGCCAAUCAGCAGCAGACCCUCCCUCCCACAUCCUGGACAGCUCACUAAGAAUGCAGCUUCAAAAUGUAUGCUGUCCAGGAGGUGGGAGGGUCUGCUGCUGAUUGGCUGGAAUGUGUCAGCUGACUGGAGUCCGCGGCGAACCGUUCGUGGCGAACCGUUCGGGACAUCACUAUUGAUGAUUUUUAUAUUCAACAUGUCCUGGAAGUAUCUACCAUUUUUGGUAUGCUUAUAAUGGACAAACUGUCCUUCUACACAAUGAAAGAGGUAAAGCCCCUCUAAAGGGAUUUUUAAAAAAAUGGGAGAAUCAAUAGUCUAAUUAUAAGCCAUAUCAAAAUCGUGAAUACAUCUGUGCUUAAAUAAUGAACAAACUAAGAAUAAACACAAAGCCCUACACAAAAAUACUUUGUAUAUAUAUUCUACCUAGUGGUAAGGGAAAGUAUUAAAAAGAAGUGCCACUUUAACUGAGACAAUGCUAUUAUAAUUGGGAAAGAUUCCUUUUAUUAGAUGCUUGGAUAGGUACAUAGUAGCUUAUCGCCUAAAUGAACACCAUAUCCCAGAGAACAUCAACUGGAUACUUAUAAAGUGGAAAGGAGCAAAAUAUGUCCAGUGUAAUACAGGGAUCUAGAGGAUAAUUCUUUGCUGUAUAUAUAGGACCCUAAGCAUCUUUUAGACACAACUGAGACAAAGUUUCCACUAGUACAAAGUUUACAGUAAGUAACAACCCCAUUAAUACUUUAACUAAAUGGGGGAACAGAGAUAGUCAUGAGAGAUCUGUCCUGAUAAAAAUAAUACUAUAUGAGUGCAAAAAAUAUGCACUAGAGGAGCUCCAUAUGUACUCCCUAAAAAAGGGGGAAAAGAGGCUAUGAUGGGGGAAUCUCAGAGAAAUGUAUGUUACCACUCUAGAUGAUAACCAUAAUAGCCUGAUAACAAAUACUCCCAAGUGUACGGUACCAAAAGUCCAAAGAUCCCCUUCUCUAAUAGCUCAGGACAGAAGUCCCUACAACCAAACUAAAGCUCCAUGUAAAUCUCCCAAAUAGACUGUCCCUGAUAAAGAUAAGUAUUAGGGAUCGACCGAUUAUCGGUCUGGCCAAUAUUUUCAGCCGAUGUUCAGAAUUUUCAGCAAUAUCGGUAUCUGCAUAUGAAGAUACCAAUAUUGCUGAUAGUGCAGACAGUGCAAUGGGUGCGGAGCUUAGCAUGUGGUUGGGCGGCGCUAAGCGGGCGGCAGGGCUAAAUGUGGCCCGAACUGGUAAGUGUGGGGUAAGCUAGGAGUCCAUACUCCCCAUCCGCCCCAGCGCCCUUACAAGGCCAUCCGCCCCAGCGCCCUUACAAGGCCAUCCGCCCCAGCGCCCUUACAAGGCCAUCCGCCCCAGCGCCCUUACAAGGCCAUCCGCCCCAGCGCCCUUACAAGGCCAUCCGCCCCAGCGCCCUUACAAGGCCAUCCGCCCCAGCGCCCUUACAAGGCCAUCCGCCCCAGCGCCCUUACAAGGCCAUCCGCCCCAGCGCCCUUAUUUAUUUUUCCUGCUGAGUGUAAUACUGAGGUUUUCUGUAGAUGUCUUUUGGAGUAUAUUUAACCUUUUUUUGUGAAGUACAUCCUUUCAUGUAGUAGUCUCUGCAAUUAUAUAGCAUCUUUUUUUUUUUUUUUAUUCAACAUGUCCUGGAAGUAUAGCUACCAUUUUUGAUAUGCUUGUAAUAUUGGGCAAACCGUCCUUCUACUUUGAUCCAAUUGAUUUUUUUGUUUUUUUAUAAGAAGAGGUAUUUGCAUACUACUCUUGUACCAUCAGGGGUUAUUACAGUCAUGUGCUUAAAGGAAAAGGAAAUGUAUUUAUAGAACAAAGGGUUUGAUGUUAAUGUUUAUGUGUAUUUGAUUGCAGGUUCUUGUUUCAACUGCAACACUGGCCUGGGGUGUGAAUCUUCCAGCUCACACUGUCAUUAUUAAAGGGACACAGGUUUACAGCCCAGAAAAGGGACGCUGGACAGAACUUGGAGCUCUUGAUAUCUUGCAGGUCUGUUGGAAUGAUGUAGUGUUUCAUGUUUUGAAUGUCAAAUAUAAACAAGAUUAUCUGAAACUGGGGGAAAUUUUUUUGUUUUUUUUCAGUAGAUCAAGAACGCUAUAUGAUCAGUGCACUCCUUAUGCACAACGGAAAUAUACUUCCCACUUAAGCAUCUCUGUAACACAUGUAUAAAAAGGCUUUCCACUGACACAGAACCACAAUAUUCUUUGAAUUCAGGGACUCCUUUCGAAUUUAGGAAUCCUAAGGUGUUUAUUCACUAAACGUUGAAUUGCCGCAAAUUGAAAACCAAAUCUGGGCAGAAAUAGCCUAGCUGUGUGACUACCUGAUUGAUAGAAUCUUCCAAACUGACUAUUGUGUAACCAUUGUCCAUCAAUUUUAUGUUCUCUAUAAAUUUGAGUUUAGUGAACAAACACUUUUGAGUGUUUUGUGUUAUUAAAUGGGAAGUGUCUUUUAAGGAUCGUGCUCAGAAGUGAUUUACAUUUUUUAAAAAUAUUUUCUUGUGCAUAAUAGGCUAUCCUUAAGGUUUAUACACAUUCCUUGUUAUCUGGUAUGUUCAUGCUUAAUACUUUUUGUUACAGAUGCUUGGUAGAGCUGGGCGUCCUCAGUAUGACACAAAGGGUGAGGGAAUCCUCAUUACAUCACAUGGGGAGUUACAGUAUUACCUGUCCCUCCUAAAUCAGCAGCUACCAAUUGAGAGCCAGGUGGUGGCAAAGCUUCCAGACAUGCUGAAUGCUGAGGUGGUACUGGGAAAUGUUCAGAAUGCAAAGGUAUCUUAACAGGUUUCUAUUUAAUCUUAUAUUAGAGAGAAUGUGCAGCAAAGGAAGAGCACUUUGGUUUAUAUUGCAGACUCUUAUUAAAGGAACACUUUAAUUCAUGUCUGCCCUUCUACAAUUUAAAAACAAAAUGCAAUAAAGUCUGUUAAAAUGUUGUGGUUUUGUUGCUUUGUGUCCCCUAAGAUCAGGAAUGUAACCAAUGUAUUCAUCCCUUGCAUAUCUUCAUCAAACCUUGUAUAUAUUAACCUUCUCUGACUUACCUACUAUACAUCGGAUAGUAUAGGAUACUUGAGAAAUUAAUAAGUUGUUCUCUUAUAAGAAGGCCCCUAAGACAUCCUGUUCUUGUGUUUGUCUGCAGGAUGCUGUGAACUGGUUGGGUUAUACCUAUCUAUACAUCCGCAUGUUGCGAUCUCCCAACCUGUAUGGUAUCUCCCAUGAUGAUCUCAAAUUAGACCCUUUAUUGGAGCAGAGGCGCCUGGAUCUUAUUCACACAGCAGCCCUUUUACUGGACAAGAACAACCUGAUGAAAUAUGACAAGAAGACUGGAAACUUUCAGGUAAGGUGAAAGUGGAGCCAUUAUCUUCUUGUAAUGUUUGAUCUUGGUCCAAGAAAUGUUUUAUUAAAGGGACACUAUAGUCACCAAAACCACUUUAACUUAAUGAAGCAGUUUUGGUGUAUAGAUCAUGCCCCGGCAGUCUCACUGCUCAAUUCUCUGCCAUUUAGAAGUUAAAUCACUUUUUCUAUGAUUACUAGUCACAUCUCCCUGCAUGUGACUUGCACAUCCUUCCUAAAUACUUAUUGUAAAGAGUCAUCUAAUGUUUAUCCUUUCUUUAUUGCAAGUUCUAUUUAAUUUAGAUUUAUUGUAAAGAGUCAUCUAAUGUUUAUCCUUUCUUUAUUGCAAGUUCUAUUUAAUUUAGAUUUUCUUAUCCCCUGCUAUGUUAAUAGCUUGCUAGACCCUGCAAGAGCCUCCUGUAUGUGAUUAAAGUUCAAUUUACAGAGCAAGAGAUAAAAUUGUUUAAGAUAAAUUACAUCUGAUUAAAAGUGAAAUAAUUUAUUUAUUUAUUGUGUGCAGGUUGUCAGUUAGAGCCAGGGAGGUGUGGCAAGGGCUGCAUAAACAGAAACAAAGUGAUUUAACUCAUAAAUGGCAGAGACUUGAGCAGUGAAACCUGAGAGGCAUGAUCUAUACGCUAAAACUGCUUCAGUAAGCUAAAGUUGUUUAGGUGACUAUAGUGUUCCUUUAAGAUAUUUUUUCCCACUCCACAUUCCUAGGUGACAGAGUUGGGUCGUAUUGCCAGUCAUUACUACAUCACCAACGAGUCUGUUCAGACAUACAAUCAACUUUUGAAGCCGACACUCAGUGAGAUUGAACUGUUUCGAGUAUUCUCUCUCUCCUCAGAGUUUAAGAAUAUCACUGUCAGAGAGGUGAGUCAAGAUAUUUAGGGAUCCAAAAUUUUAGACUUGGUAAACUACCAGACUUUAAUCUGCAUGUAAUGUUACUUGAUAAUUUCUCUGUAAAAUAAGUCAGCUGCUUUUUGUAAGUUAUAAUUUCGUCUAGAUACUUUCAUAGCUUUCUAGCCACUGUCCUUCUACAUGAGCGAUCUAUAAUGUCACUAAGCUUAAUCUCCAUCAGCUUGUUCAUACUAUGAUACAAAUGUGUUUAGGUAAUUUAUCUACUGAAGUCCAUAACAUUUAGGAUAUGUUCUUAUGUGAUAGGUGUAGCAUUUAGUUAUAACCUGUUAACAAAUUGUGGUGACUUGAGUUACGUGCUUAUGUUUGAACAGCAAGAAUGUUGCUAGUGUUCUGACCUGAUUAGUUGUUGCAAACCCAUUGUUGUAGGGCUUUUUGUAUUACAAUCCUGAUUGUUGUUUAUCUCCCAGGAAGAGAAACUAGAACUACAGAAGCUUUUAGAGAGAGUACCAAUCCCUGUGAAGGAGAGUAUUGAGGAACCAAGUGCUAAGGUAAUGAUCCUGAGAUGAAAUAAACAUGGUAACUUCAGUAUUCCUUGCACCACUAUUUUUGUGACUUCUGUCCUUAUCCCUUUGUGCAGAUCAAUGUCCUGCUCCAAGCCUUUAUCUCCCAGCUGAAACUUGAAGGUUUUGCCUUGAUGGCCGAUAUGGUGUAUGUCACACAGGUAUUGUAGGAUUGUUGUUGUUGUUUAUAAAAUAGAAAAGCAGAGUCUUGAAAUCUGUGCCUUGUAUUAAACAUUUAAAACCGUUUUAAACCGAGUUUUACAUUUAGACACUUGCAUCUGCUUAUUUCAUUGCAGUCUGCAGGACGUCUCAUGCGAGCAAUAUUUGAAAUUGUACUGAACAGAGGAUGGGCCCAGCUUACAGACAAGACUUUAAAUCUUUGCAAAAUGAUUGACAAGAGAAUGUAAGUACCUGUACCUUACCUUUUUGUUGUGUCUUUUACCGACUCCAUGAAAAAUUAUUAUUUUGUUUACCUCUCAUUACAGGUGGCAGUCUAUGUGUCCUUUGCGACAGUUCAGAAAACUGCCAGAGGAAGUGGUAAAGAAGAUCGAGAAGAAGAACUUUCCUUUUGAGCGCUUGUAUGAUUUGAAUCACAAUGAGAUAGGUAAAUAGGAUAUCAAACUGGAAUCUUGUUAUCCUGUCAAGGCAUUUCUCUUCCAUCUGACUCUUAGCCCUUUUUUACAUAGUAUUUUAUUUCAGCAACUCUUCUUUGAAUUCCCACAGGUCUUUUGCUUCCCACUCUUUUUUACAUAUAUUAGCUAUUUCACUUAAUAGGUUUCUUUAAUCUUGUUUUCAAGUUUAACUUUUUUGUGACUAUACCACUUUUUCCUUGCUCAUUUUAUUUUAAUCCACAAGAUUUGUAUGUUUCUAACGAUGGACAAAGGCCAAAUUGUGUUGCCAAAACCUAUUCCUAUUGUCUGCAUUUAGAAGAUUUAAAACGUGUGCAGCCCCUUGUUUCUGUGAAUUGAUUGUGUGCUUCAAAAUAAUCAUUUAACGUUCAUUGUUCUGGAAUUUCUUUUUCUAAUACCUCAUCCACUUUUUAAAGGCGAACUUAUCCGAAUGCCAAAAAUGGGAAAGACUAUCCAUAAGUAUGUCCAUUUGUUUCCCAAGUUGGACCUGUCUGUGCACUUACAGCCCAUCACCCGCUCCACACUCAAGGUGGAGCUCACCAUUACACCAGACUUCCAGUGGGAUGAGAAGGUAAGAACCUAUGUGAUAAUACAUACUAACGCAUGUGUGUGUGUGGUUUUAUAUAUCUAUAUAUAUAUAUAUAUAUAUAUAUAUAUAUAUAUAUAUGUGUGUGUGUUCAUAUUAUAUGAAUACAGAAAAAAGAUUGCACUCACUGGUCUUCAACAACUCAAUUUUUUUUGUGAAGAUCUUGAAAAAGACCAAAAUGGGGUCAAACGUUGAUAUUUUUGUAAACACAGCAUUUAUGGAAUUUAUUUUGAAACACUAAAAAAUUUAGUUGUUGAAGAUCUGUGAGUGCAGUCUUUUUUUUUUUUUCAUGUAUUCUAUUACUAAUGUGGAUUUGCACCCAGGCGAAUAUUGAUGGUAUAUAUUGGUAAAGGUGGAGUGACGAGCGAUUUGUGGAGGUGUGUGUGUGUGUGUGUUUUAUAAUAUAUAUAUAUAUAUAUAUAUAUAUAUAUAUAUAUAUAUCUCAGUGCAAGCCCCUUUUCCAUUAUUGUAUUAUUUUUGGCCGUGACUUUUUUGCCUUGAUUAGGUGUGUUUUUAAAAAAACAACAAAAAAAACAAUAUAAAAUCUGUGAGCUUUGAAGUUGCUGUUUAGUGGAUAAGUGAGUGGGCUGGAUAUUGUGUAAUAUAUAUAACUCAGUACAACUUCUGUGUGACACACUAAUGAUUUUUGUAUUCGUUUUUGCUGUAAACUCCACACCACAUCUAUAUCAACCCAUGUCCACCCAUAUAAUACAAGCUCUAUACCAUUGCAGGUUCAUGGUUCCUCAGAAGCUUUCUGGAUCUUGGUGGAAGACGUGGAUAGUGAAGUGAUCCUGCACCACGAGUAUUUUCUGCUGAAAGCAAAAUAUGCCCAAGAUGAGCAUCUUGUUACCUUCUUUGUGCCUGUCUUCGAGCCUCUUCCUCCACAAUACUUCAUUCGAGUUGUGUCUGAUCGGUGGCUAUGUAAGUGAUGAUCCUUGAGAGACUUUUAAUAUUUUAGCAGCGUGGAUAACACUUCUGAUUACACUGCUGCUGUCUGCUAUUGAGUGCAUUUAUUUAUUUUUUUGCCACGUUGUAUAACCAUAAAUCUUACCUGCUUUAAAAACCAUACUACAACCGGUCGGCUAAUGUUUGUUUUCUAAUUCUAUAAUUUUGUAAACAAAAGUACACCAUAAUUUCACAGAAUAGUUAUAUGUAACUAAAUAGUUAUACGCUGUGUCUUGGUCUAAACUUAUUCUGGUGUUUAAAGGAACACUAAAGGGUCAGGAACACAAACAUGUAUGACUGACCCUUUAGUGUUAAAACCACCAUUUAGGGGGCUUGCCCCCUCUCAACCCCUUAAAAGUAAUUAAAGCUCACCUUAUAGCCAGCACUGCGCGGGUCUGCUGGCCCUGCCCCCUUGACAUCAGAAAGGAAGAUUUUUAGCUAAUCCAAUGCUUUCCCAUACGGAAAGCAUUGGAUUGGCUAAAAUCGUCAAGGAGGCGGGAUGGGGCGGGGCCAAACGCCGUUUUGGCCAAUCAGCACUUCUUCAUAGAAAUGUAUUUAACCAAUGCCAUCUCUAUGAGGAAAAUUCACCGUCCCCACUGCCCCAGGAAACACCUCCAGUGGCCAUCUGAGGAGUGGUCACUUGGAGGUGUACAUAGGGCCAAUGUAAACACUGCCUUUUCUCUGAAAAGUCAGUGUUUGCAUGUAAAUGCCUGAAGGCAAUGAUUAUACUCACCAGAACAACUACAUUAAGCUGUAGUUGUUGUGGUGACUAUAGGGUCCCUUUAGUGUUUAUGUUCAAUUUUAGUCGUGUUUUUUCCCACUUGGUGUCAACAAAUUUCUUCUCAGUCUGCUGAAUGUUAAAAAAAAUAAAAAUAUAUAAAAUAGUUCUGAUAUAUUAAAUUCUGCAUUUCCUUUUUCCAGCAUGUGAGACACAACUGCCUGUAUCUUUCCGCCACUUAAUAUUGCCUGAGAAGUACCCUCCUCCUACUGAGCUUCUAGACCUGCAACCUUUGCCUGUGUCAGCCUUGAGAAAUAGCGCCUUUGAGAGCCUCUACCAGGACAAAUUUCCGUUCUUUAACCCUAUCCAGACUCAAGGUGAGAGAAACAUUACAUUAGUUUACAACUCAUCUGGAAUCUUCUAUGGUUAUGCUCACCCUGCUAGUACUAGUAAUCACGAUUUCCUUUUUGGUUUCGCCAUCUCUUUACAGUUUUCAACACAGUGUAUAAUAGUGAUGACAAUGUUUUUGUUGGCGCUCCCACUGGAAGUGGAAAGACCAUUUGUGCAGAGUUUGCCAUCCUAAGAAUGCUGCUACAGAAUUCUGAAGGACGCUGUGUGUAUAUAACCCCAAUGGAGGCCCUGGCAGAGCAAGUAUGUUCUAUAAAUGAAUGUCUACAGUUGGUGUCAUAUUCCUGUGCAUUUAUUAAAAAGGUUAUAGGAUCCUUUUAAAAUAGCAACAUAAAUCAAGAUCUUUCCCAGUUUUUGCAAUGUUACCUGUACUGCAUUUUUAUUAAUCUCAUGCUCAUGUAUUUUUUUUACCACUAGCCGUCUCUCCACUCUUUCAUAUUUACAGCCCUUGCCACACUUCACCAGAUCGUUAAUUCCUACUACUUCUUUUUCUUUGCACUAAAACAUUGGAUGAAAUACCCAUCUCUACUUACUUCCUCACCAGAAGUCUUAUUAAAAUGUAUUGCAUAUUGAAAUAAAAUCUGAGAAAAGAGAAAUCAAAUUAUUAAAAUAGUGCCCUCUUCAUGUAAUUUAUGAAAGUGCUAGAUCCAGGGGUGGACAACUCAUGAGGCCCCUGGGCAAUGGGAGAUCAUUGGGGCCCCCUUGUAACUACUAACUUGCAAGCUACAGAAAUAUACAUCAUGCCCACAUAACGCAAUGUGCACAUGUAAAUCCUUGUGUUACAAAAAAGGAUUGCAAGGUGGGGGGGAGGGGGACUGGCUUUAAUGGGGUAUAUGGGAUGCAGGAAGUGGACAAAGGCUGUGGCGUGGGGCUAUAUGAGAUGCAGUGGGUGGAGAAAGGCUGUAGUGCGCGAUAGGAAUAGUAUUGUGGGAUAGUGUAGUGUGGGUGGUUAGUGGCUGUAUAUGUGGGAGACAAGGACAGGGCCUCUAAUGGGAGAAUAGCGGUAGGUGCUGUAAUGGUGAUAUAGGGGAUUUGGUUUGGAAUGAAUGGCUGUAGUGGGGUAUAGGGGUUAUAAUUGGGGAUAGACACUAGGGUGGGGCCUGGGUGGUUAGGGGCUGUAGUGGGGAAAUAGUGUAGUGAAUGGUUUGAAUGCUGAGAUGUUUAUACAUAUACACUGCCACACAACGUACAGACACACCGUGACACAUCCGGAUACACAUAUAGAUCCACAGAUACACAUACCGCCACACAUGCAGAUACAGACAGACACACACAAUGACAGCCAUGUAGAUGCACAUACCCAUAAAUACACACAAUGAAACUCAGCAGAGCUAAACUUACACAUACAUGCACAGAUACAAAUAUAUAUACAUACAUGCGCACGCAAACACACUGGUAACAUAUUCAUACAUAUGACAUUUUUAGUUACCUGCUUCUAUAUCAUUUUUGUGCAGGAAUGUGGCUUCUCUAGGGUCCAGUGGCAUCUGGCUGAGUGUGAUUGGUGUCUGAUCCAGGCUCUCCAUUAUCUCUGGUCCUGGUUCUCAGUCUAUCUCUCUCCUCUUUUGUGCUCACCACUCUUCCCCGCAGCUCUUUCAAAUACUGGGAGGGAGUGACUUGUACACACUUCCUUCCAGCACCACAGCUUCAUGGAGGAUGAGGUCCUGUCGCACUGUUAAAAGCCAGAGUUGCCUGACCGGGCCACUGAUCAAGAGUGGCUCUGAGUGGAGGUGCCCCCUGAAUCAUUGUGUGUUGAACUAGAGGGGCCCGCAUAAAUUUGGGUAUGACGGUGCCACACGGAGUGGUUGGGUGGCGGGCCCUUUGACAAUGUCGGAAGUGGCUAACUGCUUAGUCCACCCCUGACUAGAUCAUAUAAAAGUUGGUAGCCUUCUUAUGAUAUAUGUGAAAGGGCUAGAUCGUUUAACAUUUUGAUGAGCUGUUGUACACCAAAGGAAUAGAUUGAAAUAGAAAACUAUAGCAUAAUCCUUUCACCUACAGCAUGAGGAGGUCAUCAGCUGUUGAACAAACUAGAGAAAGUAAUAUAAUUUGGCUAUAGUCUAAUUUUAUAAUUCCUCUUUUAUAUUGAUUCUGUUUUGUAUCGCCUUUUGUGUAUGUUCUGUGCAUUUCCAUGAAAUUCAGCUGUUGAUUCCACUCCUCCUCCUUUUAAAGUACAGUAGAUUGUGUUCUUUGUAAAAAGCCUCCUCCUUUCAACUCUUGUCAAUUUAGUCAUUAUUUAAUACUCACAUCUUUACUUUAGAACCUGCAAUCAUUACAGAUCUUACUUUAUAAAAGAAAAACAUUUCAACUUUCAAUGUGUAUUUAUUUUUUCUAUAUUUUUUUUUUUUUUUUGAGUUGUUCCAAGACUGAAGUACACACUUAAAUCUCCUACGCCCACUUUCCACCUAUCUAUCUCAUUAUCCCAUUACACUCUUUCUUUUUGUGCUUUCAUUUGCAAUAACUGCUUGCUGUUAGACAAGAGUUAUGAUUCAUUUAUGUAAAUAUAUGCUUAGAAUAAAUCAGAAAGCAUCAUGCCUCAUUAUGUUCAUCCUACUGGCAGAGAAUAACUUUUUGUUAAUAAAUAGCUAUUUAGCACACCCAUUAUGAGGAAUUCAUAUACACCUACAGUACAGCUCUGCAAAAUUUGUUGGCUGUGCUCUGAUGGACCCUGCAGAGGGACAGGGGCCAAAGGGUAAUGGGAUCGGCCGCCUCUCUCCCCCCCUUGUAUAGUAGGCCUCCAUCCUCCCAGGAGUUCAUAUAUGCGCUGCGAGUGUUGCAGUUAUCGUUUUUUUUUUAAUUUAAAUUUUUUUUUUUUUUAAUUUAAUUUUUUUUAAUUAAAAUCUUGUUUAAUCGUCGUUUUAGGCAGUUUUCCCCAGGAGCUCGACCAAAGUGAGUCAGUCUGGCUUGGCAUCUUGGCUCCGCUCCCCGCCUUUAAAAUUUCUAACCUCCCUUUAUCUACACAAUUUGUAGUUCUAAUGUUGGCAUACAUUCUAUAAAGUAAACUGAAACAAAAAGUCUGUAGACAUUACACUUAAUGUGUGUUUAUUCUGAAGGGUUUCAGGAAAAUUGGCAGUUUGUGUAGAAGUUGCAGAGUGUAUUGAUGUGUCCUGAUAAGAGCUUAACUCUGAUAUACAACCAUAUUUGUAACAUGGUUUAACUUAUCUACUUAAAUUUGAUAUCUUUAUUGCUUUCUAUUUUUCUUAAAUAGAGUGAAAAAAUAGAUUUGGCUAUUAUGAAAUAAGAUUUUUCUUUUCCAAUAUUAUUGUGUAGGUGUUCAUGGAUUGGUUUGAGAAGUUUCAGGACAGACUCUACAAGAAAGUGGUUUUGCUUACUGGUGAGACUAGCACAGACUUGAAACUGCUUGGGAAGGGGAACAUCAUCAUCAGUACACCAGAAAAAUGGGAUAUCCUUUCCCGCCGUUGGAAGCAGCGCAAGAAUGUUCAGAAUGUCAGCUUGUUCAUUGUUGAUGAGACUCACCUCAUAGGUGGGGCUAAUGGGGUGAGUACAUCUAGCAAAAUGUUGAGUUCCACCUGAUUUCUCAUCAUUUUCAUAAUAGUGCAUAUUAAUCACAUUGUUGGAUGUUUUAAAGUAUGGCCACUUGCUUGGGUUGACCAAAAGCCAAAGAACCAGAGAUUAAAUGGGUCUUCCUCCUCCAUCACUACUUACUUGCAAACUGUUGUUUUUUUAUAAAUAUGCACAUUUGUGAAUUGUCCUUUAUUGAUCUUUUUCAUCUUUUUGCUUUCCUGCAGCCUGUGUUAGAGGUAAUCUGUUCUCGAAUGCGAUACAUUUCCUCUCAGAUUGAGAGACCUAUCCGUAUUGUGGCUCUCAGCUCUUCCCUCUCCAAUGCUAAAGACGUGGCUCAUUGGCUGGGUUGCAGCGCCACAGCCACGUUUAAUUUCCAUCCGAAUGUAAGGCCAGUCCCGUUGGAGCUACACAUUCAGGUAGGUUGUCUGUACCAAAUUCAUUAUCAGAGACUAAAGACAUUUUAUUCAAAUUAUAUUUAUAAAGUACAAGGUCUCUGGCGAUAUUUUGUUUUGCCGUAAAACAAAUAUUAGAAUCGCUAUAUACUAUUCGUUACAUCGAACCUGUCCUGUAUGGUAAUGUUUAAGCUUCAAAUUCUAAAUCUACAUGAAACUAGUUACAAGUUCCCCCUCAAAUGGAUGUCUUGUUUGCCUAAGAGCCAUUAAAAAGUGCAAGUUCUAGUAGGGAUUGACCAUUUGGAUUCUUUGUGUGAAGCUAAACUGGUUAGGAGUGAGUACAGUUAACACUGGUAAUUGAUACAAAAUGGAAAAAGGAUCAGCGCUGUGUGAUAUAGUAAGGGGCUAGAAACAGGUAGAUAGCUGCAACCUAUAAGUAUGAGGUUCCCUCUAAAAUCCUCAAGAAAGAAAUGGCAAAAAACAGAAAUAAUAGGUCGCGCUUUAACAAAUAAAUAUAAUAUAUUAGCAUACACUAAAGAGCAUAAAGAAAAAUAAUUUUAUAAUGAGAUGAAUAAUAAAUAGUCCAAAUAAUUGGUGUACUUAAGAUAAAUUCCAAUGGAUAGAUGAAGAUCUCAGUCCUUAAUGUUCGUCUCUUACUGAAUUCGGCAAAGGAGUAGUGUAUUCAAUGAGAAACCGGUUCUUCUAAUACGAACGAAGUCUUGACUUGAUGGUAACCAUGAAAAAUAAAGAAAACAGGGAGAAUCCAAUAGUGUAGAUUGUCUGCAGAUAACUGAGAGUAUGAGGAAUAAUAGGGAGGUAACUGAGAGUAUGAGGAAUAAUAGGGAGGUAUAUAUAUAAUAUACUAGAGCAAGUAUAUGCUCAAAAAUAGGUGAGUGUAUUACCUCCCUAUUAUUCCUCAUACUCUCAGUUAUCUGCAGACAAUCUACACUAUUGGAUUCUCCCUGUUUUCUUUAUUUUUCAUGGUUACCAUCAAGUCAAGACUUCGUUCGUAUUAGAAGAACCGGUUUCUCAUUGAAUACACUACUCCUUUGCCGAAUUCAGUAAGAGACGAACAUUAAGGACUGAGAUCUUCAUCUAUCCAUUGGAAUUUAUCUUAAGUACACCAAUUAUUUGGACUAUUUAUUAUUCAUCUCAUUAUAAAAUAAUUUUUCUUUAUGCUCUUUAGUGUAUGCUAAUAUAUUAUAUUUAUUUGUUAAAGCGCGACCUAUUAUUUCUGUUUUUUAACACUGGUAAUUGGUCUGAUGUAUUUCGUUUUGUGUUUUUAUUUUUUAGGGUUUUAAUAUCAGCCAUACACAAACGAGAUUGCUUUCCAUGGCAAAGCCUGUAUACCAUGCUAUUGUGAAACACUCUCCCAAGAAACCAGUCCUUGUCUUUGUCCCAUCAAGAAAGCAAACACGGCUGACUGCUAUUGACAUACUCACUACUUGCGCCUCUGAUGUGCAACGGCAGAGGUAAGCUGGAAUGAACUAGCGUUUUGAAUUCUAGGUCUCGUAACAAUCUUGUAAACUGAUUUUACGAGAACGCCAAUCUGGACUUUUUGCAUUUUACUUGUUCAUCGGCACUGUUUGUCGAACACCUGACUGUUGUCAAAUAACACAUCUCCCACGUAGAUGCUAAGCUUUAAAAGAAAUGAAAUACAGAAGGGCUCCAUACAAGCCUUUCUAAUGAUUAAUGAAGCAACAAAUGUUGCAACUUGCUCAAAAAACACUUUCUGGGAUUUUCUGGUUUUUAUUUAAUUCCAGAGAGCUUGCGAUUUCAUAAAAUACAUACAUAAAAUUAGGGGCUACUUUUCCUUAUGUGUAGCAGUCAAGUUGACAAUGGGUGGGGCUUAAAGCAAGGUUAUAUGUUGGCUGCCAGUCAUAUUUACCCACAAUCAAUCAGUAAAUCAUUCCCACAGACCUCAUGGACGGAGGAGAAAAAAAUGACCACACAAGGAAAUCUAAGUAAAUCCAAGGGAGGGAGUAUCAGAAUAUGUUGUGCUUUUCUUUAGUUUUUCUUGAAAUAACUAAUUUUAUGGCUUCAUUUUGGGUUUUGGGCUGUGUUCUUGACAUACCCAUCAUUAUUUCCAAAAGUUUAACGUUAUUACUGUGGUUCUACCUUUAAUUGAUUAUUCUAAAUUGUCUUAAACAUAAUUUUAUCAUCUGAUCUUGGACACCAUUGGCUGCUGCUCUUGCAGGGUAACCUUUGCAAUAAUAUGGGGUAACUCAGCCUGUUUCUGAGUUUCAUAAGGUUAUUGUUGCCCAAUUUUGCAUCCUCCUCACACACGUGUUGCACAUUUUCUAACUUUUUGCCUGUCAUGACAUCCACUAUGGAAUAAUCUUUGUAAGGGGGCAAACCUCAGUUCUGUUUCUAUACUGUUAAUUGCUGGCUUUUUUUUUUAUUUAAUUUUUUUGCUCCCAUCUCCCUUCUUUUGUUUCUUUUUCAAAUUUUUACUGGCUUCAUCUUCCUGUAGUUAAUGAAAAUGCUAUCCACUUUUGACAAUUUUUUUUCCCACCAUACUAUCCUAUCAUGAAUGCUGUGAGAACAUAUAAAUCACAUAGAAUGUACGGAAAUUGUGUAUCUGCCCUCCUACAGGUUCCUACACUGCACAGAGAAGGAUCUACUUCCAUACUUGGAUAAAUUAAGUGACAGUACCCUUAAAGAGACCUUGCUGAAUGGAGUGGGAUAUCUGCAUGAAGGACUUUCCUCAUUGGAGAGGAGAAUAGUUGAACAGCUCUUCAACAGUGGUAAAUACUGCCAUCCUGGAUCUUUUUGUCUGAUCCAACUCUGUAACUGUUGCCUAUCUCAUACAUCACCUGAUCCCCUAGCAACAUUGUCUAACUUGUUUGCAUUUUGCAAAAUCUUUGUCUUCUGUUCUAGUUAUAUUUUCGUUACUCUCCAUAUUCCUCAUAUGCUCUAUGCCAAGAUCAGUCUUAUUUUGCUUUGAUUUUGUCACAGGAGCAGUGCAAGUGAUUGUAGCAUCUCGCAGCCUCUGCUGGGGUCUGAAUAUUGCUGCCCAUCUAGUAAUCAUCAUGGACACUCAGUAUUAUAAUGGCAAGAUUCAUGCGUGAGUAUUGAGUGUCCUGAAAUAUAUGGAGGUUUUUUGGUCUGUUUUUUUUUUUUUUUUUAAAACCUUUUCAAAUUAAAUAUCCUCUCACCGUUCUCACAGAUAUGUGGACUACCCCAUUUACGACGUUCUCCAGAUGGUAGGCUAUGCAAACAGACCUCUGCAGGAUGAUGAAGGACGUUGUGUCAUUAUGUGUCAAGGGUCGAAGAAGGUGAGGGACAAAUAAGCUUAUGUGUAUAACCUGUUUCAAGCUAUCGUUACAUCAUCUUCCAUUCUCCAGACAGCGCUAGUUGUUUUCUGGAGUUUUCAGAUCUCUAUCGCUUUACAGAAUUUAAGCCAGAUGUUUAAAUAAUUAACAUAACCGCAAAUUCCUGUUUGUCAGCCUUAUCAGUACUACAAUUGCUGUUUUGAAGAACGGCAAAAACAAUAGGACAAGAAAUCCAAAUCCACCUUUUAUUGAAUGUGUGGCAAUAUAUGUAGAGCAUGCAGUUGUACACUAGACAUAUUGGUUUCAAUAUUGCUUGAUUUUUGUGGACAGGAAUGUGCAUACAGUCAAAUUUAAUAGGCAAUUUCUUCAGCACAGCGUAUACAUUAUUGGUAUUCUAACUCAAUGGCGAAGCAACAGUUCACAUGUUUUUGGAAAAGAGAAUCACUUACAUUUUUCAAUUCAUUAAUCUUCUUUGAUUAGUGUUCAUCUAGUUAUUUCACAGCCAAUUAUUUUAAUUUGUCAGCGCUGUCUUAUUAAAAUUCAUCUAAACCCCUUUCACCUGUUUUGGUUUUCUUUUCUUGGCGUGCAUAGGAUUUUUUCAAGAAGUUUCUUUAUGAGCCAUUGCCUGUGGAAUCUCACCUGGACCAUUGCAUGCAUGAUCAUUUUAAUGCAGAGAUUGUAACCAAAACCGUUGAGAACAAACAAGAUGCUGUGGAUUAUCUGACAUGGACUUUCCUUUACCGACGCAUGACUCAGAAUCCCAAUUAUUACAACCUGCAAGGUGAGUACUUACUGGCACGUGUCCAAUGUAAACUCUCUUCCUACAGCCAUAUUAAUAUAUAGUAUUUGUGUUUUGAAAUUAUAAUAUUUAGAGCAGCAUGGCCGUUAUUGCCCAUUCUAGCCUCCUGCUGUUAAAUUGGGAAAAAUGUUUUGGUCCCCUACCUUUUGUAUUGCAGUCAUACUCCCCUGCUGUGCUUCUGUUUUAUUCUGCCUCCUGCUUUAAGCCACUACGGUUUUCUAAACGCCUUGGAGGUUCUGUUUAUAAAGUCUCAUCUAAAUCCAGUUUUCGAACACUUUUUUAAUUUUUUUCCCCUUCCUUUUGGGGGUUUGCUCUUUUCUUUCCCCCAUGAAGAUUGUACUAUUGAUUGCAUCCAGAAUAUUAGACAAACCAGUAGAAAUAGUGCUAAGUAAAAGGAAAAAAAUUACCUGUGAAAUGUUGUCACUCUGACAGUGAUGGGUAACUUUUUUGGACAGAAAAUGCAGUUUCUUGCAACUAGGAAACCAAAAAUAAACGGAACCGGAAAAUACUGAUGGGAGAGGCAAAGAGAGAGGUGCAUUUUAGUGCAAAUAUGUGAUAAAUAGGCGCAGAUAGGAUAAGUUCCUGAAAAACAGCCUACAAUUGAGCACAUCACUUUUUACACAUAGCUCCCUUUUCUCUCUCAUUUAAUAUCAUCUUUUCGAUCUUGGGAUUUAUGUGUCCAUUCACCUACUGGUUAUUUAUUAUGGUCUGUAGUUGUUUUUCUUUCUCUAAUACAAUGCUGUAUUUUUUGUUUUGGUGAAUUGCUGGAUGGGUUCUUUAUAAAGUUUUUAGUUUCACAGUAUGCAAUUCAUUCUGUUUUCAGGUGUAUCACACAGACAUCUGUCAGAUCACCUGUCCGAGCUUGUUGAGCAGACUCUUAGUGAUUUGGAGCAGUCAAAGUGUAUCAGUAUUGAGGAUGAAAUGGAUGUUGCACCUCUCAAUCUGGGCAUGAUCGCAGCAUAUUACUACAUCAACUAUACAACCAUUGGUGAGUAAUAAGUUCUCACUUCUCCUUUUUCUGUUUCCAACUCAUUUCACUAGUUCCAUGCGAAUCCUUUUUCUCUUUUUGUCUCACCCAGAGCUUUUCAGCAUGUCUCUGAAUGCCAAGACAAAAGUUCGUGGUCUGAUCGAAAUCAUCUCCAAUGCAGCAGAAUAUGAGAGCAUACCCAUCCGACACAGAGAGGAUAACCUCCUCCGUCAGGUAAGCAGUUGGUUUUCUCUUUCUUUAAAUUAUAUUUUUGUUUUUAAUUCAAUGUUUAUGGCUUAUGGAACUUAGAAGGAGGAUUUACCCACAAAGGAAAUUCAGAAAAUGUAAUCUAUAAACCAACUCCAUUGUUUGAUCCUUGUGGCUUUUCCCAUGUCAUGGAUUGCAAUAAUAGUGUAUAUAGAUAUAAAAUUGAAUUUGAGAUAUUGAACAAAAUUGUCCAGUAGAUUCAAGCAAUGUGGCUAACAAAAUGUAUGGAUUAAACUUUGUCUCCAUAGUGUUUCUUUUUUAUUUAUUUUUUGCAUUACAUUUACUGUAAGCUGAGGUUUAGAAAUAAACCACAGUUGGUACUGAAGGAAGUCAUUGAUCGGUGUAGAAGACAUAUGGAUGGUUAUAUAGGUCAUUGGUGGAUUAGAGCAGAUCAAGGAGAAACUUCAGACAUUUGGUAUAUAUAUUUAGCACAGUGUGCUUUUUUUGGAACAAUGCUAAAUUAGCUCUUACGUGAAAUGACCAAGAAAUCGAAGUAUGAGAUGGUUUGUGGUUGACAUAGGAUGUGUUGAAGUUUUGACAUUUACCUUCGCUAUCAUUAAGGACAAAUUUUAGCGUUGAAUAGUCACCCAGAUAGAUUUUAAAGUCCGUAUAUUUUACGAAAUAGAAGUAUAUUGUUCUGUAUCAAAUACUGAAAAGGUAAUUGCCCACAGUAAAAAAAAAAUUACAUUUUUUUUUUUUUUUUUGCCAGCUUGCACAGAAAGUUCCUCACAAACUCACCAAUCCCAGGUUCAAUGACCCCCAUGUGAAGACAAACUUGCUGCUCCAGGCACAUCUCUCACGUAUGCAGCUUAGCGCCGAACUGCAGUCUGAUACAGAGGAGAUCCUUGGCAAGGUGAAGAACUUGGUUACAGUUAUUUGAAACCAUAACAUGCAAUUACUAACUAAAUCGCAUGUAUAUUUAACUGAUAUUUGAGGUAUUUAUUUUCACCAUUAUUGUUUGUCUCUUCCUACCAGGCAAUCCGACUCAUCCAGGCUUGUGUAGAUGUGCUAUCCAGUAACGGUUGGCUCAGUCCUGCUUUGGCUGCCAUGGAGCUGGCACAGAUGGUGACCCAGGCUAUGUGGUCCAAGGACUCCUAUCUGAAGCAGUUGCCUUACUUCAGUUCUGAACACAUUAAGCGCUGCACAGACAAGGUACUGGUUCCUUACAGAGCCCUUAUAUGCAGCCAUAGUAAACAAAUGAAAUUCAAUGUGGUGGCUUUGAUUUCUCCAAUACCAGAAAGAUUCAUAUAUUUCUCCCAAACAUGUGAGAACAACUGCAUUGUGGAUUAUAAUAUCUGUAAUUUAUAGGGGUGACAUCUUAUAAACAGUUUUUAACAUUACUUCACUUUACCAGAAAAGUGUAUUCUUUAUCUGAUAGCCCUGUUUUCAUGCUCUAUAGGGAGUGGAGAGCGUUUUUGAUAUUAUGGAGAUGGAAGAUGACGAACGCAAUGAGCUGUUGCAGCUUUCUGAUGCCCAGAUGGCAGAUGUGGCAAGGUUUUGCAACCGGUACCCUAACAUUGAGCUGUCUUAUGAAGUUGCAGAGAAGGAAAACAUUAGGAGGUAAGCAAAUACUGUACCAUUUAUUUACAGCAAGUGGUAAGUAGAAAAUAAGUUAGAGAGGCAGGGAAGAAGAAUUGAUUAAAUGUACAUUUGGUUCCAAAAGGAUGUUUGAUUUAAUCUCUCUGACUUCUGUUUGAUUAAAGGUACACUCUAGGCCUCAUAACCACUUCAGUAAUGUUGCGUACCAAUUGUUCAUUUAGUAGGACUUAGUCUGAUAAACAGAAGUUUAUACUACUGCUCUGACACCAACUCAUGCCAUACUAUGUGGAAAACAGACGUUUUUAAAAUACCAAAUUUAGGAAGAAAAAAAAAUGUAAAUUAUGCAAAAUAAUAGCACACCAGUAUGAAUAUUGUUGUGAAUAAAAUAUGCCAAUGUCUCAGUGAGUUGAUACUGUCUAAACCUAGUCUGAGUUGGUAUGUUGUGGAAGCAUGAACUUCCUCUUUAUAAGACCAGAACGACUGCUCAGCAAAGUAAACAUAAAUGUUUCUAAAUGGUCUGACAGAUUACCAUCAUACAGUACCUGGGGACUUCUGGCAUCAUAACCUCUACGGCAUAUUGAAGUGGUUAUGGUGCAUAAGAUGACCCUUCAAAGAAGCACUGGUUUGCAAAGACCCCCGAAUUUAACAUCACCGCUGGUGGGCCGGGGGCGGGGAAAGAUGAUAUUUACUUGCAUGAACCUGUCUUUCGCAGGUGCCAUCUUCUUCCGAUGAGCCAACAUCACUGCUGUAUUCUCGUGCAUGCACUAGAGUACAGCAUUAAGGUCUACGGAGGACCCUGCAAUACCUCAGGAUCCUCAAUACAUACAGCUAAUAUCUCUGCUAGUGAUGGCUGGGAUGGUUGACAUUUCUAGAUGGCAGGAGCUCUGCGCAGUGUUUAGAAGUGUCAGGCAUAGUAAAUAUACCGAGACAAAGUAGUUUCUACUUUGUCUCAGUAUCAUUUGACUAGGUUGUAAUUUCAGUAAAAUUCCAACACAGUCAUGAUGUAUGAAUAUAUCUUAAAUAUUGUAUGUGUACUGAAGUGUAACAGUGCCUCUUGAAGUGGAAAAACACAAUAAAUGGGCUUACUCUGCUUUUAUUGUGUGGUGUUUGUUCAUAUGGUGUUGUGUUUUCCCUUAUAAAUGCUUCUUUCUUUCUUAGUGGGGGAGCUGUUGUGGUGCUCGUGCAGCUGGAGAGAGAAGAGGAAGUUACAGGACCUGUCAUUGCUCCACUUUUCCCCCAGGUAUGUUUGACGCUGUAUGUGGAAGAGCAAUGGUUAGAACAUGCAGUUUGUUCCAUGUUAAAAUAUUCUUCAACUCCUGAAUGUUAACAUGUCACAAACCAAAGAAAAUCGGUCAUGGAUCAUGAUUAUCUGCUUUAACAUUAAUAGUUUGCUAGUCUCUGUACAAUGAAAUGUCACACUGUACAUGUAUGCAAAUUGUACAUUCGUAAUUGACCAAUCGUAAAAUGAGUUGGAGUUGAAGUGUAUUUUUUUUUUUAAUUAAAGAUGGGGUUUGAAGACUUCGUGCCAGAAGUUAAUUUUGUUAGAAACUCAGGGCAAUUAAGCAAUCCUUUUUUAUUUACUUAUUCUUUCUUCCUUCUUUCUUGAUAAUGGAGAAAAAGGAAAGUAUAGGUGAAAAUAUUGUCACUGAUUUAGUAUCUGUACUGGGGCUACUAGUUCUGCAUCCCAGGUGUUUGUCUAUGGCGGGGAAGCUUUGGUGGUCUUUAAAUGGAACCCUAUUACGGCAGAGGUGCUCAGAAUGCCUUGCUUCCCAAAAUGUGGUCUUUGCUUCAAAUGUUAUCAAACCAUACAAGGUGGAAAAUAGCUGUUUUCUAAAUGAUACCUCAUUUUAAAAGAAAAAAGCUUAAUUAUGCAAAAUAACACAUGAGUAUGAAUAUUAUUGUGACUAAAAUAUGAACUGUUUGGUAGUAAUAGGGUUAUAUAUUAGGUGGAAUGUGUAUAUCCUGUAUCAUAUUGUGUUUUUGGAGUGCCAGGUUGGUUUUGACUGAUAACACAUCUUUGUUUUGUUCUUUGCAGAAACGAGAGGAAGGCUGGUGGGUGGUAAUUGGAGAUUCUAAAUCCAAUAGUCUGAUUUCCAUCAAGAGGCUGACACUGCAACAGAAAGCCAAGGUGAGGCGCUAUUCUCAAUAGUUCUUGUAAUAGUAAGACCACGUAAAACACUUCCGAUUAGUAAGUAAACAUGCUUUGUUGUAUCCAAGGGUGAAUUAAAUUUAUGUACAACUGUGGCAUUUUAUUACUUCAAAUGUAAGUUGGGUUUUUUUUGCAUGCAUUGUGAAAAACUAAUUGUAUAUAGCUACACUUUGGGCACCUCAUCAGGAGUAGAUUGCCAGGUGCAUGCUUAUCUAAGAACGUAUUAGACUGUGUUAUGAAAAUAUCUUGGGAACUGCUAGCCUUCUUAUAUUUAGACAUAAAUUGCCUGUUUAUUCUUUAUUGGUUAAAUAGCAAAUUUAAGUUUUGUCAGUGUAAGGGUUUAUAUGCUUUGAGCAGAAGUUGAUAAUUACAAUGUUUUGGAUGAUAUAUAUAUAUAUAAAAUGUUUAUUUUUUUUAAUUUGGCUGUUUUUCCUUAAUGUAACACCGAGACACAGCAAUAGCUGUUGUUGUAAAGAACAUUUAUGAACUUCAUUUGAAACAUCAAUCCACUUAUUUCUAUUCUACAGGUAAAACUGGAUUUUGUGGCACCGGCAACAGGAACUCACAAUUAUACCCUUUAUUUCAUGAGUGAUGCUUACAUGGGCUGUGACCAAGAGUACAAGUUCAGUGUGGAUAUCAAGGAAGCAGAGAGCGACAGUGAUUCUGAUUAGAAGGGGCAUUCAGGCUUCCGUGAACAGAGCAGAUUGAUACAUAGGAUUCUAAGUGAACUUGCUCCCAACUGACUGUUUACUUCAAUAUUAAUUUUAAAAAGCUAGUAGAAAAGAGACAAAUUCUGUUCUCCCACAUGUUGGUUACUGUAUAUAUCACCUAGCAAAUUAGCCUGCUCUUGGGGAAAGGUAUGAAUAAUGAGCAACAGGAUGUUCUCCAGCAGUAUGAAGGCAUUGCUCCCUGCAUGAACAUGCCAUGUAAAAAAAACUAAAUGCUACACACACACAAAUUGCGGUCUUUGUAUUGUUCAUUUGUUGUUGGAUUCCAAAAUAAACUUCUGUUUUUGUAAUUUAACUAUUUAUUGGAGAAUGACAUGUUUGAAAUUACCUCUAGUGGCCAUCCGGAAAGACAGCCUUUAUAUUAAAAUGCCUGCAGGAACAGGCUAUAGAGAGAAGUAUAGAUAGAUAUCUUUCACAGCUUUAUGGCAACAUGUACACAGAUUAACAGCACACGCAAACAAAACUACGGUUUUAAAUUUACAAGUCUCCUAUCUUGGCAAACAAAUAUGGGGAUUCAAUUACACCAUAUGGCCAUAUUGUGUUAAGCCCACCAUUGUCACAGUACCCCAAUAUCAGUUGGUCCUACACUAAUUCUAACAUUUGAGAUGAACAUGCUAACUGCAAAACUGCUUCUGAGACUCUUAAAAAAUUCCUGUGGCUUCCUGCAAAGGGGCACCUAUAGUGGAGGGGUGGGAUGCUCAACUGAAAAGGAAUCUGGUCUGAAUUACAAAUGUACAGAGGAAAAAAAGGAAUUGGGAGCACACCUGGAGCAUAUGAGGAAAGGCUCUAUAAACAGUUUAAGCCAGGCUUCCCUAAACUCCAGCCCUCCAGAUGUUGAAUUCUCAGCCAAUUUCAUUCAUAGAAUCAUGGGAGUUUUAGUUCAGCAACAUCUGAAGAGCCAGAGUUUGGGGAAACCUGGUUUAAGCAUUAUUGCAGUUGGCAUGUUAACCCC